AAUCAGGCCAGAGUUGGCCGCUCCUCCUUGUAAAGCGGUGUUGCACUUCUUUCCGCUGGUGGCGUCGGCAGCGCCAGCGUCGGCGCUCACGCAGGGGCGGGUCACAGCAGCGUGAAGCGGUGCUGGGCGGGAAGGGAGGUCGUGGCGGUGGCCGUGUCGGCGGGGACAACAACGACAGCGGCGGCCGCAGGGACAGCCGGAGCGGUGGUGCUGUCAGUUAGGCUGUCGGAGAAAUGGGAGACCCAGGGUCGGAGAUAAUAGAAUCCGUUCCUCCAGCUGGGCCUGAAGCAUCUGAGUCCACAACGGAUGAAAAUGAAGAUGAUAUUCAGUUUGUUUGUGAAGGACCAUUAAGACCUGUUCUUGAAUACAUUGAUUUGGUCAGCAGUGAUGAUGAAGAGCCUAGCACCUCUCAUAGUGAUGGUAAUGUUAAGCAUAAAGACCAUAUUGAUCAUCAGAAGGAUAAAGUUGCUUUAACUCUGGCUCGUCUCGCCCGCCAUGUUGAAGUUGAGAAACAGCAGAAAGAAGAGAAGAAUAGAGCAUUUAGGGAAAAAAUUGAUUUUCAACAUGCUCAUGGGUUACAAGAAUUGGAAUUUAUUCGAGGACAUUCUGAUACAGAAGCUGCAAGACUGUGCGUGGACCAGUGGCUAAAAAUGCCAGGACUCAAAACAGGCACAAUUAAUUCUGGAACAAAAAGUUCAUUCCGAAGAGGAGGCCAAAUGCGGGUGUCUGGGAAACCAAUUUCAUGUCCCAUAAUGCACUGUAACAAGGAGUUUGAUAAUGGGCACCUUCUCUUAGGACAUUUGAAAAGGUUCGAUCACUCUCCAUGUGACCCAACAAUUACACUACAUGGACCUUUCAUCAAUUCAUUUGCUUGUGUAGUAUGUUAUAAAAAUUUUGUUACUCAACAACAAUAUAGGGAACACCUUUUUUCUAAGGAAGCUGCAGAUGAUGGACAUAAAAACAACCUUCUUCCUCAGAUUAUUCAGUGUUUUGCGUGUCCAAAUUGCUUCCUUCUUUUUAGCAGUAAGGAUGAGUGUUUGAAGCAUAUGUCUGGGAAAAAUCAUUUCCAUCAGCGUUUUAAACUGGGUGAUGGCAAGGGAAUACCAUAUCCAAUAUCAUUUCCAUCUUUUGCAAAGAAACUUUUGAUUUCUCUGUGCAAAGAUGUUCCAUUUCAAGUUAAGUGUGUGGCCUGCCACCAGACACUGCGUUCCCACAUGGAGCUUACUGCCCAUUUCAGAGUUCGUUGUCGGAAUGCUGGUCCUGUAGCUGUAGCUGAGAAAAGCAUUGCCCAGGUUGCAGAGAAAUUCAUAUUAAGAGGUUAUUGUCCAAAUUGCAACCAAGUCUUUCUGGAUGAAACAAGUACCCGAAAUCACAAGCAGAAUUUAGGACACAAAGUUCGAGUUAUUAACUCAAUGGAAGAGUCAGUCUUACUUUAUUGCUACAGCAGUGAAGGGAACAAACCUUCUUCUGACUUGAAUCUAUUGCUAGAUCAAUCAAAAUUUUCAUCACUUAAAAGAACUGUGUCUCAUCAAGACUCUAGCUCACAAGAUUGCAGUACCAUUCCAAAGAAGAAGAUGAAUUUAGAAGAUAAAAGCUGUGAAGGUAUGGUUUGUGUCCAGAAAGAAAAGACAGUUGUUAAGACCUGGUUUUGUGAAUGUCAUCAACGAUUCCCAAGUGAAGAUUUAGUAGAAAAGCAUGUUUUCUCAGCAAAUACAAUGUGUUAUAAGUGUGUGGUCUGUGGAAAGGUGUGUGAAGAUUCAGGGGUCAUCCGUUUACAUAUGAGCCGGAUUCAUGGUGGGGCACAUUUAAAUAACUUUCUCUUCUGGUGUCGAACAUGUAAAAAGGAGUUAACAAGGAAAGAGACUAUCAUGACACAUGUGACUGAAUUUCAUAGUGGUCACAGAUAUUUUUAUGAGAUGGAUGAGGUAGAAAGUGAAACUGUACCAUCAUCUUCUACAGCAUUGAAGAAUAAUUUGACUGCUAAGAGUCCUCCUUCAACUAUUACAAUUAUUGAUCAUUCACCAACAGACAGUCCUCCAAGGGGUAAAUGGCAAUGCCGAAUCUGUGAAGAUAUGUUUGAUUCCCAAGAAUGUGUAAAACAGCACUGCAUGUCUUUAACAAGUCACCAGUUUCAUAGAUACAGCUGUGCCCAUUGCAAAAAGACUUUUCACAAGAUAGAAACGCUAUACCGACAUUGCCAAGAUGAGCACGACAAUGAGAUAAGGCUUAAGUACUUUUGUGGGCUUUGUGACCUUACCUUUAAUGUGGAAGAAGCAUUUUUAAGUCAUUAUAAGGAGCAACACAGCAUAGAUUAUGUGUUUGUGUCAGAAAAAAGUGAAGCUUCAAUUAAAACUGAGAAUGACUUUCCAGUACUGGAGGCUAGUAACCUGUUAACCUGUGGUUGCCGUGAGAGUUACAUCUGUAAAGUCAACAGAAAGGAAGAUUAUAGUAGAUGCCUCCAAAUCCUGCUGGAUAAAGGUAAAUUGUGGUUUCGCUGCAGCAUGUGUUCAGCAACAGCACAGAAUGUAGCCGACAUGAACUCUCAUAUCCAUCAAGUGCACAGAGAAGAAAAGAGUGAGGAGGAGCAGCAGCAAUAUGUAAUCAAGUGUGGCACCUGCACGAAAACAUUUCAUGAUCCUGAGAGUGCUCAGCAGCACUUCCAUACAAAACAUUGCUUUUUCCAGAAACCCAAUGUGGCUCAUUUUGGAUUUGAAAAAACAAGCCCGUACAAGUUUGCUGCUACUGCCUCACGAACAGAGAGAAAACUGAAACAAGCAGUAAGCUAUCCAAAAAAUUCAGACAUGGAGAAAGGAGCUGAGAAUGACCUCAGUUGUCAGAAUAUAGAUGAAGUUGUUGAGCUUCCAGAUUUGGAUUACCUGCGAACCAUGACUCAUAUAGUCUUUGUAGACUUUGAUAACUGGUCAAACUUUUUUGGUCAUUUACCAGGGAAUCUUAACCAAGGAACAUUUAUUUGGGGCUUUCAAGGAGGAAACACCAAUUGGAAACCUCCACUCAACUGUAAGAUCUAUAAUUACCUGAAUAGAAUUGGAUGCUUCUUCCUUCAUCCUCGUUGCAGUAAAAGAAAAGAUGCUGCUGAUUUUGCCAUAUGUAUGCAUGCUGGCCGUCUAGAUGAACAACUACCCAAGCAAAUUCCUUUCACCAUCCUUUCAGGAGAUCAAGGUUUUCUGGAGCUAGAGAAUCAAUUUAAGAAGACUCAGAGGCCAGCACAUAUACUAAACCCUCACCACUUGGAGGGAGAUGUGAUGUGUGCCUUGUUAAAUAGCAUAUCUGAUACCACCAAAGAAUGUGACAGUGAUGACAACCUCGGUAUAAAAAGUACUCCAGUAGAAGAAUUCAGAUCCACAGAAGAUGUGGAAUUAGAAGAAGCUAUUAGAAGAAGCCUUGAGGAAAUAGUGGUCAAGGCCUUAGGUGGUAUUCACUGAGCCAGACCCUAGAGACAUCUGCACCUUGCGCAAUAGUGAGGAGCAUAAAGGACAUUCCAGAAAGAACCGUGGUUAAACGGAUGUGGAGAAGAGGAAACUACACCUCUGUUGCAGAGGUACCACACACGUAUGAUGUACGUUGAUGCUCUAUUAAGAAGCUUUUAGCCCUGGCCCGGUGGCUUGGUUGGAGCAUUGUCCAGUACACCAAAAGAUGUGGGUUCGAUUCCUGGUUGGGGGGCAUAUCUGGGUUGUAGGUUUGAUCCCCAGUCAGGGUAUGUAUGGGAGGCAACCAAUCAGUGUCUUUCUCACAACAAUAUUUCCCUCUCUCUCCCUCUAAAAUCAAUGAACAUAGCCUCAAGUGAAGAUUUUAAAGAAGUUUUUGGAGUGUAUAUGGUAGAGGAUAACUGAAGCUUUUCAUCAUGACCCUUAAAAAGUAAUUGAGUUGUUUAAUGUUUGUACUUCUACUUGUUAAGCAAUUAAAAUCAUUUAAAAAUUAUUUUAUACUUUGAAUUUUAUUUAGAUAUGAGGGGGAGAUGUAAUCAAUGGAUAAUAUCACAAAGUUAUAAUGCUGAUUGUAUUUCUACUUGUUAAGCAAUUAAAAUCAUUUUAAAAUUUUAUAAUUUGAAAUUUAU